UUUGCUUUGAUGGCUGACGCGGUUGCACCCAGCCCCCCACGUGCGGUGCAGGAACAGCCCCGCGCCCUGCACCGAUUUGCUCACAGGCAGGUGUCCCAGGCGCACAGGGCUGGGGGCAGGGACCGAGCGCGCCCCGCGGCUGCCGCCCCGUGCAGCGAGCGCGAGAGACCGCGCGCGCCGGGACGCUCCGGAAGCCGCGUCAGUCAGACGCGCAGGCGCCGUGGCUUCUACUGGCCUCUUCCGCCCUGGCCGUGGGACGGGAGCCUCACGCGCAAGCGCUCGGCGCGGUGACGUAGCAGGGCGCGCCCCGCGGUGGGCGGAGCUAGUAGAGGAAGCGGAGCCGGGCCCCGCCCGCCCGGGAUGCGCUUCGGCGCCCGGAGACCAUGUCCCUGCGCAGGCCGCCGCCGGACGGUAUCGCGCCGCACGAGUAUAAUUGUAAGAAGAAAAGGAAAGUAGCAGAGAUUUAUCAGGCCCUGAACAGCGAUCCCAUUGAUGUGGCUGCACUCAGACGAAUGGCAAUCAGUGAAGGGGGUCUCCUGACAGAUGAGAUUCGUUGCAAAGUAUGGCCAAAGCUUCUCAAUGUGAAGACAGAUGAUCUGCCUCCUGCUCCAGGAAAGGAGCUGCGAGAGGACAAUGAAGACUACCAGCAGGUGUUGUUGGAUGUGAGGCGAUCCCUACGCCGCUUCCCACCUGGGAUGCCAGAUGAGCAGAGGGAAGGGCUCCAGGAAGAACUGAUCGACAUCAUCCUGCAGGUUUUACAGCGCAACCCCCAGCUGCACUACUACCAGGGCUAUCAUGACAUUGUGGUCACUUUUCUGCUGGUCGUGGGGGAGAGACUGGCGACUGCUCUUGUGGAAAAGCUUUCGACCCACCACCUCAGGGAUUUUAUGGACCCAACUAUGGACAACACCAAGCACAUUUUAAAUUACCUGAUGCCCAUUAUAGACCAGGUGAACCCUGAACUCCAUGACUUCAUGCAAAGUGCUGAAGUGGGGACCAUCUUUGCACUCAGUUGGCUCAUAACCUGGUUUGGACAUGUCCUGGCUGACUUCCGACACGUGGUGCGAUUGUAUGACUUCUUCCUGGCAUGCCACCCGCUGAUGCCCAUUUACUUUGCUGCUGUGAUCGUAUUGUAUCGGGAGCAGGAGGUUCUGGACUGCGAAUGCGACAUGGCCUCUGUCCACCAUCUCUUGUCCCAGAUCCCGCAGGACCUUCCCUAUGAGACCCUGAUUAGCAGAGCUGGGGAUCUCUUCGUCCAGUUUCCUCCGUCAGAGCUUGCCAGGAAGGCAGCACAGCAGCGUGCUGAGAGGACCGCUGCGUCCACCUUUAAAGACUUUGAGUUGGCUUCAGCCCAGCAGAGACCAGACGCUGUGCUGCGACAGCGCUUCAGGGACCGGCUCCGAGUGGAGGAACGGACAAAAUCCAUCUUGACAAAACCAAGGACCAACCGGUUUGUCAAGCUGGCAGUGAUGGGGCUGACGGUGGCACUGGGGGCAGCUGCUCUUGCCGUAGUGAAGAGUGCACUAGAAUGGGCACCCAAGUUUGAACUGCAGAUUUUCCCCUGAUGGAGGGAGAAUGGUGCCCUACCACUUUAAAGACCACAUCCCGCCAUAGCAGGAGAGGACGGUGUUUCCUUUAUUGAAAGGAUUGUCUAAAAAUGACUGGUGUAGAGUUUUCUAGUCCUGCUGCCCUUCAUAACACAACUUGCCUUUGUCCCCGAGUCAGUGGGGAAUGGCCCAGCAGCAGUGCUCACCAUGUGAGGAUGCUCACCUUGUUCUCGCCUCCCUGAGCAGCAAGAAAACGCCUCCUCUCUUACUCUGAGGAAUUAGAAGCUAACACUUCCUGAUCUGGCACUGCCUGGAACAGCCUGGCUGGUCAGGUUUCACACACAGUGACUGGACACCUGCAGAGUCUCCCCAGCGUGUAAUGGGAAAGGAAACAACUAAAUAUUUUCAGGUAGAUGAGCGGUCACAUCUGCAUCAGGAAUCAGUCUAGGAACUCAGUGAGUUGGGGGGGAGGUUAGACUGCUGAUGAAUGGUGUAAGUAGCUUUCUAGUUCUCAGGGCACCCCUUUCUGCCCUCCCCAGAGCACUCCGCUUUCUAAAGAGUCAUGGACUUAUCAACACUCUGAUCUUUUUCUUGCUCUGCAGGCAAUGUUUUAGUAGAGCAAAGCCUGUUUCGCAAAUUCCUGUCAUGGGAAUAGACCCCCUAGACCAACACUAGGGUUCAAGGUUGUCACCACUGUCUAACAGCAUGAGUUACAUUAAUGUCCUAAUCUCCCCAGUCUAGUAUGUUUACAGGAGGGAACAUCCAUGGGCUUUUUCUGGUCUACUGGAGAGAGGUCAGCUCUCAGUCAGCCACACCAACUUGACUGGUAAUAAGCGUAGUCGAUUCUUUCAGUUCAGCAAGAUGAGAUGGGGCUGAGUGUGAAUUAUUUGCCUCAGGUGAGAACAGUUACUUGCCAGGCCACACCAGCUAGAGUUACUACACCUAGAGAAGCCAUUUCAAUUGCUAACUUUUAAACACAGCCUUUAAACUAAAAAAAGAUUUUUUCCACAAUAGCUUGCAGCAGGACAGAAGCCAUUGCCCCUGGAAGGCCCUUUAAAAUCUCUCCAACUAACUGUUCAGACUUUCACAUCAACCCUUAAAAUGCUGCAGGUGAGUGACUUUUCCAGAAAUUGACCCCAGGUGCUUACAGCCCAGCCACUCACCAGAUCUGCCGCCAGCUUCUCCUCCUCCCAGCCCCAAAACCUCCAAGCACCUAGUACUAUCUAACUUAAACUAAGCCAAUAGACACUACACACCUCUACCUCCUCCUCCAUUGCUGCUAACCUCUCCCACAAGUGCCCUUACCCUGCCCUACAGCUUCCAAGGUGACUGACUGUCCCCCCUGCAUCCCACCUGAUGCCAUCUGCCCCCGUUUCAAGCAGUUACACACAUGGAAAUUAGGUGUUGUUUGAAGAGUUAAGGAAAUCUGAAUAUACUGGAAGCUUUGUGCCCUGCAGUAAUCUAGAGCCUUUUAUUAAUUCUUAAUACAGUCAAUUUUAUAUCUGAGUUACUCUGUGCCCUCAGUCCUGAAGGCACCGUGCCAUUCAGAACUGCAGUGUAAGGAAGUAAUAGUGCCUAGAUAGCAUAGCAGUGUGCACCUUAUACAAGCAUAACUUUAUCGGAUCGGAGCAGGGCUCUGAGCAAAAAAAUUGACCUUUGCUCCUGCAGUUGCUGAUGUCUGGGGUAUGUUUUGAUUCAAAAAACAAAAACAAAACAGCAAGGAGGAAAUUUGCACAAUUCCCCUUUCUGUUGUUGGCCCUUCUUUGUGGGCACCUUGCUUUCUAGUGACAUCUGGCUAGUCAGUGAUCAGGUUGCUUCCACUCAAGUGAUCGCUCCUCCCCUUUGCCAGCAUGUCUUCUAACAUGCUGCAGGUUUAAAAGGUAUUGUCAAUUUCUGGCUGCAUGGGAGUGAGCUGCCCAACCCAUGGGAAGUUGCGGGUGACGUCCUCUCCAAUAAAUGGAGUUGCGGGUAUGGGCAGAGCUGUUAAAUGAAGCACUUUAUUAAAAAGAAAAAAGAAAAAAAAAUCCACUCCUAGAAGAGGAGGGCACUCUCCCCCAGGGGUUAUUUUCUCACAUGGUUUACCUUCCUUGCCUAAAUACAAACCCAGGACCCUGGUUCCAUCAGAGGCACCUUGGAUGCUUGUGGUUGAUCUCAUUGAAACAGAAGAUACCUUCCUAUAUAGCUACCAAGAGAGAUGAGCCCUUCAGCAGUGUUUGGCCUGUGUUUAACUUGGUGUGAUUUGUGAUAGGCCCAGGCAGGGAAUUAAGAAGAGAGGGAGUGUGUGGGAGGAUUUUUCCAAAGCACUGAGGUGAGUUGGGAGUACAAGUCCCAUUCAGUGGGGUUUAUGCUCUUAACUCAGGGCCUUCUGCAAAUCCUGCCUGACCUGUACAAUUAAAAUAUAGUGGGGGGAUGUGGCCUUUUCUGUUGUGUAAAGGCAGCCGGAAAGGAGUUUCAUCACCCAUCUGAAAAUCUUUCUGCUGUUCUUUUUGUUUGUUUUUUAAACAUUAGAAAUUCAGGUCUUGUCUCACCUGCUUUGCUUAUCAGAUGCUGGGCAACUAGAGAGCUGGUAGAAUUGAUAUCACAAGUAUCAAGGAGCAAAUACUGAGUAGUUGAGAGUUAUAGUCGACUUUUAACAUUGUUUUUCCUGUUAACACCUCUAGCUCCAGCACCAGACACAAUUGGCAGGAAAGAUCUUUGUUAAAGGUUGAAACCCUCUGUCCAUGCUUCAGUUACAGGCUUCGAGAGUGCCUGUUCCAGCUCUCUGGUCCUCCAGCACACGCAGGGAAGAGGAGACUUGAUGUUACUGACUCCUGAGGGAAAAACACAAACAUCCCUGCCUGCCUUCCCUAUGCCUAGUAAAGCAACAGAAGAUGCCAUUGCAGGGACCUCCUGUGGCACUGAGUGUGUUGUGCAUACUGUGUGAUUUCCCCUUGCAUGUACAGAUCUAAAGGCCUAGCAGGUAGCCUGGAGAUGCUGCUGGAAACCAGUACCGCUUGGAGAUUUAGUCAAACGCCUCCCACACCUAAGCGUGAACCCCUGCCUUACACACUCGGAGCGGUUUCCAGCCCAUGUGUAGGCUCAUUCCCGCCUGGAAGGGUUACUGGGCCUUCAGUACCUUCCGUGGCUGAGGGUCCCUGGACUGCCCUCGGGCUCUCCAGGAACGUACCAGUUUCAUUCUCUUUUUACACCUUAACGGAGGAGGCCGGGAUGGCCCCUCCUGAAAGACACCGUUCUCUUCAGGUGGUUUAUGCUGUAUAAAGACUUGUAUACAUGUGUAAAUGCUGUUUUGUACAGAACUGUGUAAAAUAAACAGCAAUACCCAGUUACCA